GAUCCAGCUACUUCAUCGUGCUACAGGCUGCAGCGAGGACCUCUUGGGAGUGGAAGCACUGCUCGGCUUUGAUUCAGAGAGAUCAUUUCAGUCAUGGAUAUUUCAGAACCCACCAAUCCUAACAUCUAGAACCUACAGAACAUCUUUCAAAUUCAUAAAGACUGCUUUAUUUUCUGCUACGAAUUAUCUGUUUUCAGUUCCUUGUACUUUGUUUCAGUUCUCGGCUCUACAAUGGUGCAGAAGUAUCAGUCCCCAGUGAGGGUGUACAAACAUCCUUUUGAACUGGUCAUGGCAGCAUAUGAGAGGAGGUUUCCCACCUGUCAUUUGAUCCCCAUGUUUGUGGACAGUGAUGUGAUCAGUGAGGAGACCAGUGAGGAUCGAUCUUUUCAUAGGAUUGAGAGGAGGUGUAAACUUGACGUGGAUGCACCACGACUCCUCAAACGGAUUGCAGGUGUGGAUUAUGUCUACUUCAUUCAGAAGAACUCUCUGAACCACAGAGAAAGAACUCUUCAUAUUGAAUCUCACAAUGAAACCUUCUCCAACAGAGUCAUCAUUCAUGAACUCUGCUGUUACUCGGUGAGAAAAAUCACCCUCACAUCUCAGAGGUGCUGUUAAGUAUGUAAUUAACAGCUUCAAUUUGGUUGUAUACUAUGAUUAGACACAUUAGCAUAAUAUUGGUACCAGUUUCUGGUGCCUCUGUAUCGAUAAAUAAAAUGUAUUUCUUAGGCAACAAAUAAAAUGGCAAAGGAGAGAAAUACAGUUAGUAUACUGUUAUAGUAUAACAAUAAAAACUAUUAUGAUGUAAAUGGCUGAAAUCUGUAUAUAAAAAAAGGGAUUAAGCACUCAGAAGGGAAGUGAUGACAGUAUUUGGGCCACUAGAGAUGCCACACUUCUUAAUAUAAUAUUGAACUG